CAGCAAACAGUCUUAAUUUGUGAUGAAAAUCCUUUAUAAUAAAGACUUCGAACUGAAUCUUGUUUCAAAUUCAUCUAAAACUUCUAAAUCUUAAAGGCUGUUUCUGCAACACGAGAGGCGGAUCUAGUUUUAAAAGUAAUCAAAUGCUUCAUUGAUCUAUAAUCAAUUAAACGGCGUUUUUCGUCACCCGUGUUGUGUUUCAGUGCUGUGACUGAACGUUGGAAAUUCGCAUUCAACCCCUUCGAUAUAUGGUGACCAAUAGCCAUUCGGAUUCAAUCUUUCACUCGCUAAUCAGAUGACCUGGUCAAUAAUUGAAUAGCCUAUCACCGAGACUGGUCAAUAUUUGGACGGCCAAUCGCAGGGCGAAAUCAAUCUUUGUGUUAGCCAAUCACUGGAACGCUUCGAUCUUUUGGGCGGCCAAUCGCUGGGGGGAGCAGAAUCUUAAAUGUCCCGCCUACCCGGUACCGGCAACUUGAUGACCAGAGCUCAUUGUUGGUGUUCUGUCGUCGGUUUGGGUAAGACUUUUGCAUGCAUUGUUGAAUAUUCUGUUAUUUUUAUUAUAUACGAUAUAAUUAGCCUGUUUGUUGCCGCUAAAGUUGUCCGUAGUUGGCUAAAGCAGUCCAGUUGACAAUCUGUCAGGUUCAUAUUAAUGCAAUCUAAAACAAAUGUAAUGCUUUACCAUCUCAACAAAUACAACUUAGCAUGUGUUGCUACCAUGUUUAUCCAAGAGUAAAAAUUAAAUUAUUUAUUUUAUAGGGAAACACCAUAAAAUCUAAAAGGAUAUGUGUUUAUUUUUAUUUUAUUUCAGUGCUGAUAUCAAGCCCUGGCUGUUAGUAUGAAUAGGUGUUUUAUAUUGUGUUGCAUACAUGUCUUUGUAAUCCACCCUUUUGGGUACUUGCUGUGAUGAGUUUAUGUAAAUGCAAUAUGAAUAAAAUUGCUUAUCUCUCAUUACAGAAAAUGUCUAAACAAAACUCCAAAAGCCACAAGGCUAUGGAUGAUAACGAAUGGUUCUCUAGACUGAGGUCUUUUGCUUCCACUGGUGUCUGGCCAUCAGAUGCAGGUAACCGACCUGCCCCAAGGCAACAGAAGUGGUACACUCUGUAUCAGAAGAUAGAGAAGUGCCCACUACUGCUGAGAGGCCAGCGGACACUUUUCUCCCAGCCACAAGGGUGUUUGUGUGGGUUUCAUCUUCCUAAGGUGCCUACAGCCUCAUCUAGACCUACAAGCAGUGCAGCCCAAUCAACUAACAGUCAAAGUAGUUCCAUAAUGCUCCAGACUGCUACUCCAGUCAAAUACCCCACAGGUUACAGCACACCUGGAACUCUGGCAAAAAGGCCAAAACUCACCCUUUCUUCAUUUGAAAGGUCCAGAUUUGGUGGCAGGCAUGUGGAGAAUGCAAAGCCAAAUAUAAAUGUUGCACGAAAAACUCAUACGAAUGCAACACGUGCUUGUACAAGUACAGCAGCCCAUUCUUGUGCGGAUCCAGUGCCAGCAGGUGGUUCGCUUCACAACAUCUCUCCACCACAGCCUCAAAGUGCAGAGACCUUUUUUCUUGCUCCUCCAUUACCGGCUCCCAAACGACAACGGCCAGUGGAAGAGCAGAGUUCAGGAGUAAAUGCAAACCCAUUCCAGCCUGAGAACACUGCUGUGGUCCAGUCCCCUCACCUGCCGGGGCUCCAGCCUGCGUCCUCCGCUGUGGUCCAGUCCACUGUUUCGUCGGGGUUACCUGGGCAAACUACAUCUUCAGAGCAAGUUGCCGUGGAUGAACACAGUAGGGCAGGAAUGGAUCGUGUUGAUGUGCUUGCGGAGUACUUGGUGGAACUACGAAAGGAAAAAGGCCUAACUCUUACCAACCAGCAGGCCAACACCAUUGUGGGUCUUUGGCAUAAAUUGGAGCAAAAUGAUAAAGACCGGAUUUUGUAUGCUGCACGACAUCAGGAACGACUGCUCACUGGUCGAUUUAGGUCACCCAAAAAGAAGGCUGUUUAUGCAGGAGUUGAAAGCACAAAAAGGUGUGUACUUGGUUCUUCUGGUUCUGCUGCUCAAUGGCCAGAUUGCAGCCGACUUAUUGAAAUGAUCUUUAUCAGGUUGUGCAACAUUCAUAGUAGCCCCAAAAAAAUUGGACACCAAACUUUUUCUAGGUGGUCACAAAUUCUAAAUGAUUACAAAAACAUUCGACAGCUAAUUUUGAACAAUGGCAUUAUUAUGAAAGACACAACCCUGCAACUUGUCACUGUAAACCAGACCACCUUAAUACAGUGGCAUAACAAAAGAUUUAAAGCACAAGAUGUUGCCAUUCUGAUGCAAGGGCUGGUACUGCCUCAGGAACGGCCCAUUGCCAGUGAACCACUGCUCCCAGUAAAUGCUAGGCCCACUCAACUCACACCACACAAACAUGAACACACUUACAACCUGCCACCUGACACCACUGGCCAGGCAAAAACAAAACUCACUAUCAGAGACAGAGCUGAGCUGAAAACCAUUCAGCCAAAACCCCCUGCAUCUCAGCCAACAGUUUUUUAUAUGCCACUCCACAUGCCAUCUACCACUGCAGCAGGCAACAAUUUGCCACAGCUUCUGCUGCCACCCCCCACUACACCAAACAUCAUAUGCCCACCAUAUUCUAAAACACCUACAGGCCUUACCCAAACCCAAGAGACAACCCAAAAAGAAAAGCGCAAAUACACAAGGACAGUCACAUCCAACAGAUGCACUAAAUGCGGUGAGCCACGCACCACAGAAACUGGCCAUAGCCAAUACAAAGGCAGGAUUUACUGCCCAAACAGGGAGACACUGACCAAAGAGCAGUGGCUCAGAAGAAUGAGAAAAUAAGGGAGUACAAUUGGGUACUUUUUCACACUAAUUUUAUUGUGUGUGUGUGUAUAUAUGUUCAU